AUUUUAACUUAGCACUUAGUUGUAAGUCUUGCCUAAAGGUCAUGAGGUUUCAGUUAUCUAUGUUUGGCUCUGAUGUGGUGUAAAAUCUGCUUCAGAGAUGGCAUUACUGGAGGUCUAAGCUGUAAGUUGUAUGUCUUUAAGAUAAUUUCAUUGGAUUUUUGUCUCAAAUACAUUUACUUGAGAUUCAAAGUUAGAAAUUAGUUGCUCAUCUACUUUUUCUUAUCCAUUCUGGAAAUUACAUAUGCAAAUUUGCUGGAUUUCAAAAAUGAGAGAGAUAAGAAAUAAUUAUAUUCACUCUACACAGUAGAAUUACAAGUCAUAUACAUGCUGUCAGUAAUUACACACAAUGCCCGACGAUGAUUUCCCGUAAUUCUCUUCAAAGUUUUUGAAAACAACAAAAAACGUGAAAAAUCGUCAUUGAUAACUUUGAACAUAACCUGUCUUCCGAAAGGACAACAUGCCCGUCGGGCACAGCUAAUAGAUAUACUUCAUUGGCAGCAUAUUUAGUAAUGAUUUUUUCACACAGCAAAUAUCACUGAUUUUAUACACACUUAGACCAAUACACACAAUCAUCCAGAUGCGAUCUUGCUAUUCAACCAAAUAACCAACUUUCUUUUCAGAGACUCGGAGAUGAAAACUAUAGACCCCCGGCCACACAAAACAUAUGCCAUUCUUCCAUAGAUGGACGCUCACAACGAUCCUAGUUGAAAUGAAUCGUUUAACGCCAGAUAUGCAUUCACUUUUGAAUGAAGAUAUUGUCAAGGAAUUGAAUAAAAGAAACAUAUAUACUGUAUUAGAUCUGAUAAGAGCUAUUAAAGCAGACCGACGGGUUGUCGAAAAAAUUUCAAAUCUUCAUCUGAGGGAAAUUGUAGACCUCAAUAAAUGCUUACUGAAGAAUUUCGGCCCUUGCCCGAAAAAUGCAUUUGAGAAGUAUCAAACAAUCAUUCAUCAGUCAGCCAUACUACAAACUGGCAUAGUAUGUAUGGACAAACUAAUCGAUGGCGGUCUAUUUACCGGCUACAUAUACGAGAUGUGCGGUCUACCAUCUACAGGAAAAACGUUUUUCUGUUUAUCACUAGCGAAACACGUGCUCACAACUACAAAAGACCAAGUUUAUUAUAUUGAUACGAAACAUGAUUUUUCCGCAAUUGCUUUCAGAAGAAUGUUGACUGAUCAUAAGGAUCAAGCAGCAGAAAUUCUGUCAAGACUUCUGGUUGCGAGGGUACAUACCAGAACUGAAUUCCUAAAUACACUGCUCAGCAUACGGAAACAGCUGAGAGAGAAUCAAACCUGUAAACUACUGAUAAUUGAUUCUCUUCCAGCAUUGUACUUUUUAAGCAGCAACCACUCAGAGAACAAUAGUUUUCUGAACUAUACUGGAAAUGUCUUAAAUUACUUAGUCAAUGAAUGCAACAUUGUCGUCCUAGCGACAAAUCUAGUGACCCUGUGGAACGAUGGAGAUUUCAAAAACGUAGAUACAAUGAAGGAAAGGAUUUCGUGCGGUGGAUAUUGGUCAAACAUUCCAAAUGUUAGACUGAAACUGAAAAAAAUAGAUGACACUUGUGUUGUCAAUCUUACAAAAGCUCUAAAGGUUAUGCCUUUCAUUUGUGAAUGUCAAAUGAGAUUUACACCACAAGGUUUUGUAUAGCAAUGUCCACUUUCACUAAGCGGUGUGCCAGUUUUGGGUUGAAAGCACACAUUUAGGAUUAAAUGAAGCAUAUUUGACCAGAAGAUACUCCUACAAGUCCUAGUCUACCAUUUUUUUUUUCAAGAAAAUAUUGCUGCAUGUUCAUGUAAAAAUUACUUUCCUAGAUCUGAAUCGUGAGACAAACCCCCCCCCUCCAGACAUAUCCAACCCCUUCAAUUGUCACAGGUGCACUUGCUCUCAGAACCGCUGCUUGAGUGCUAAGCAUAUGGGCUUCAACAUUCUUCGAUUUUUCAUCGUCACUACUCUCCUCCGAAAUAAGCAUCACCCAGAAAAAUUCCUAAAUCCGUCCUUUUGGGCGCAAGGUUAUGGAUUUUCCUUUUAGGGCAUUCAGAACGUCUAAUAUGAAAUCUUAAGAAUAUAUACGUAUAAUAUCGAGGUUGAGAGCAUGCUCUUUCGUUGGAAUGAAAAUGGUAUGUUUUUCUUCUAAUGAAAUUACUGCGAUUCUACUUGGCAAUAUGGCUGUGAUGAUAAUUAUAGGUGAAGCUCCAACUGCAGCAUAUCCUUGUGCAUCUUCUUUGAGAAUAAUGCUGAAACAUACCUCAAAAGGCUUGGAAGAUUAACAGAAGACAGGUUAUUAAACAUUCCUUUUUAAAAUCUGAAAAUUUAUUCCUGAAUCACUAUCAAUAUAUACAAACAGUUGUAUAUAUAACAUGUCACACUUAUUCAGAUAAAUAUAAAUAGAUAUAACAGAGAAUUCUUAAAAUUUGUACUUUUGUUAACUGUGAAACAUUUGUGUACUUUAUAAAUUGUAAUAUAAAUGAUUUUGAUUGUAA